AUGAGAUUUGGGAUUACGAUUCUUCUGCAGGAGCCGGUAGCAACAAGCUAUUUAAGCGGUUCACGAAAGACUAUUACUCUUGCUGACUAUGGGUCCUCUGAGGGAAAGAAGAAAGAAUACGAUCCGCCUUCUUGCCAACUAUAUUUCUGCCUUGCCGGGCUUUCGUCUGCAACUCUCGUAUUCAACGAUACACCAUUUAAUGACUUUUCCAGCCUCACCGGGACCAUCAAGAACAACUGGUCAUCGCUCUCACAGGAUGUUAGACUAUCCAUCAGUCCCUUGAUGGUCACUCUAUCCAUUUUUGGACAAGUCCUGCCUGAUAAUUUCGUUGAUGCAGGGUUUUCCUUCACGGCGCUUCAUUGGCUACAGCACAUGCCAUCUUCAUGGGAUACAUCAGACCUAGCUAGGAAUGCCCACGAAAAUCUGGUGUCUUUCUUGUCCGCUCGCCAUAGGGAGAUUCGACCCAACGACACCUUGACACUCUGCAUUCCCUGUCAUGGAGAGAUCGGGGUUGACCCUGCGGUUGCGUGUCUACAGGCUAGCAUUCGCAACCUCGCAAGCACCUAUUAUCUGGAUCCGUCAGUCACAGUACACUUACCGCUGUACUUCCGGACCAUGGAAGAGAUAUUAUUGUCCAUCAAUGCUGAACAAGGAAAAUGGGAGGUUAAAUCUCAUGUGGCAGUCCCAAUCAUGCACCCUUCAUGGUCUUCAGCCGUUUCAGACAAAGAAGGUGCUAAUAUGUCAGCCAGAGUCAGGUAUGCCGCUGGUAUUACUGGUUUUACAACUGCCGCAUGCUCCCGGUUCUUGACUCCCGGUUCUUGA